AUGUCCAGCACGCCCCAUGUCCAGCACGCCCCCAUGUCCAACACGCCCCCAUGUCCAGCACGCCCCCAUGUCCAGCACGCCCCCAUGUCCAGCACGCCCCCAUGUCCAGCACGCCCCCAUGUCCAGCACGCCCCCAUGUCCAGCACGCCCCCGUGUCCAGCACGCCCCCGUGUCCAGCACGCCCCUGUGUCCAGCACGCCCCAUGUCCAGCACGCCCACAUGUCCAGCACGCCCCCAUGUCCAGCACGCCCCCAUGUCCAGCACGCCCCCAUGUCCAGCACGCCCCCAUGUCCAGCACGCUCCCAUGUCCAGCACGCCCUCAUGUCCAGCACGCCCCCAUGUCCAUGUCCAGCACGCCCUGUGUCCAGCACGCCCCAUGUCCAGCACGCCCACAUGUCCAGCACGCCCCCAUGUCCAGCACGCCCCCAUGUCCAGCACGCCCCCAUGUCCAGCACGCCCCCGUGUCCAGCACGCCCCAUGUCCAGCACGCCCCCAUGUCCAGCACGCCCCAUGUCCAGCACGCCCCAUGUCCAGCACGCCCCCAUGUCCAGCACGCCCCCAUGUCCAGCACGCCCCAUGUCCAGCACGACCCAUGUCCAGCACGCCCCCAUGUCCAGCACGCCCCCAUGUCCAGCACGCCCCAUGUCCAGUACGCCCCCAUGUCCAGCACGCCCCAUAUCCAUUACGCCCCCAUGUCCAGAACGCCCCCAUGUCCAGCACGCCCCCAUGUCCAGCACGCCCCAUAUCCAGUACGCCCAUAUGUCCAGCACGCCCCCAUGUCCAGCACGCCCCCAGGUCCAGCACGCCCCCAUGUCCAGCACGCCCCCAUGUCCAGCACGCCCCAUAUCCAGUACGCCCCCAUGUCCAGCACGCCCCCAUGUCCAGCACGCCCCCAUGUCCAGCACGCCCCCCAUGUCCAGCACGCCCCCAUGUCCAGCACGCCCCCAUGUCCAGCACGCCCCCAUGUCCAGCACGCCCCCAUGUCCAGCACGCCCCAUGUCCAGCACGCCCCCAUGUCCAGCACGCCCCCAUGUCCAGCACGCCCCCAUGUCCAUCACGCCCAUGUCCAGCACGCCCCCAUGUCCAGCACGCCCCCAUGUCCAGCACGCCCCCAUGUCCAGCACGCCCCAUGUCCAGCACGCCCCCAUGUCCAACACGCCCCCAUGUCCAGCACGCCCCAUGUCCAGCACGCCCCCAUGUCCAGCACGCCCCCAUGUCCAGCACGCCCCAUGUCCAGCACGCCCCCAUGUCCAGCACGCCCCCAUGUCCAGCACGCCCCAUGUCCAGCACGCCCCCAUGUCCAGCACGCCCCCAUGUCCAGCACGCCCCCAUGUCCAGCACGCCCCAUGUCCAGCACGCCCCCAUGUCCAGCACGCCCCCAUGUCCAGCACGCCCCCAUGUCCAGCACGCCCCCAUGUCCAGUUGUCUGCUAAGUGUCCCGGGACAAGCCGCCUGCAUGUCUGCUUUCCAUCAGGAGGGAGCAACUGCUCCUUAAGUGCCACUCAGAACAUAAAAUAA